GUGGAGAGAGGCGUGCCCUUCACGCGCAAGCGCGCGUUCUACAGGGUGGAGAGCGCGCAGGCGAGGGACCUGGCGAUGCUCUUGGCUUCAGUCCACAGCGACGAAGCAGUCGCGGCGUCGUCCUCCAGCUUCAGGGAUCGCGAGCGCAUAAGCGGGGGGGUGUCGGUCCUGGACGCGAUGAGCGGAUGUGGGGUGCGAUGCGUCAGGUACCUGCUCCAGGGCGAGGUUUCGAGCGUCCACGCCAAUGACGCCGACCCAAACGUGAUGGACACCCUCUCCGAAAACCUCACCAGCGCGCACGCACGCGGGGCGACCGGCGUGUCCUCCGUCACAAACGUCGACGCGCACCGACUCCUCGCCAAGUGCUACCUGGACGAGGCGCGGUACGACAUCGUGGACGUGGACUCGUUCGGCAGCGAAAACCUGGUGUCGGCGACGAUGAGGUGCGUCAAGCUGGGCGGAUACGCGUACCUCACGUCCACGGACGCGCUGGCGCUGUGCGGCAAGAGCCCGGGCGCGCUCUCGGCAAACUACGGCGGAGCGAUUGUGGCGCCGAACACGCAGGGCGUGAACGAACUCGGGCUCAGGGUGUUCGUCGGCGACGCGGUGAGGAUCGGCGCGGCUAUGGGGUUGAAGGUGACGCCCGUGUUCUCGUUGUUUCACCCGCACGGCCCGGUGUUUCGAGCGAUGCUGAGGGUGGAGGCGCUCGCGGGAGAAUGGGAACGCGGGAGCGUCGGGCACGUCGGUCGAUGUCGCGAGUGCGGCGACGCGAGAGUCAUCGACCCGGGCGAGCUCGGGGGCGCGUUCUGUCACCGGUGCGACGCCAUUCGCGCAUUCGGAAGGGACGAUGAUGGAUCAACUGACGGCGCGAUGGAUCGUCGGAGCUGCUUGGAGGUGAGCGGUCCGAUGUGGCUCGGGCCCCUGCACGAGCUCGCGACUGUCGAGAAACUUCGGUCAAAGGCGGCGGAGAAGGGUUGGAUCGGAAGGGAGGGCGCGUCCGCGGAGGACGGCGCCAAGGUGAAGGGUCAGAUGUCGUUGGAGGCGUUGCUGGGUUCCUUCGCGGCCGAGUCCGAUCCGAGACUUCCUCCGUUUCACCACAGGACGGACGAGCUCGGUAGGAGCGGAAGGGGUCUGAAGAGGGGCAUACCGGCGAUGAAGGCGUGGGUUGAGGAGUUGAAAAGUCGAGGUUUCGCGGCGUGCAAAACGCACGUGGACAGCAGGGGGCUCAAGACGAACGCCCCGAUGGAGCAGAUCGUCGACGCCGCC